UCUCUCUGUCUCGCCCUCUGCAGGAUGUGUGUACAGACGCGGAUGUUGGUGGCGGUGGCCGUGGUGCUGGUGGUCCUGGCUGUGCUGAGCGACCCCGUCAGCGCCGGCUACAGGAAGCCCCCCUUCAACGGAUCCAUCUUCGGCAAGAGAGCUGGCGGCGACUCCUUGUACGAACCGGGCAAGGCUUUGGCGUCCGCCUGUCAGGUGGCUGUGGAGGCUUGUGCAGCCUGGUUCCCCGGUCCAGAGAAGAAAUGAAUUCCUUCAGGUACCAUGGCGUGCGUACUUGCUGACAUCAGCGAGACUUCAUACCUCCUCUAAACCUUCUGACGUGAGCAGCGGAUGUGAACCCAGUAGUCAAGACGGACCUCCUAAUCCUCCUCUUCCAGUUCAUCAAAGCUCACAAAAUUCAACCACCUCCCCACCACACAAAAAAAUUAAUUAUAAUCUACGGUUUAAAUUCGCGGAUCUCACAGAGGGUGUGUUUCAAUCCCUUCCUCACCCUAUACCUAUAUCCCUCUUCCCAUAUAGCCCCAUUCCGCUACCCCUAUCAUUCCUGUAGGAAUAAAUCACUGUAUUAGUAUCCACAAGAUCCACCCACAUCACCCUUGGCAAAUUACAGCGUUAUGCUCACUUCGGGGCACUGUUUACUUUGUAUAAAUUCUAUCGCCCUUUAGUGAGGAUAAUAUCCUCUAUGUAGUAAACCUAAUUUUGUUUAAUACAGAAUUUAUUAUUUGUAUUAAUUAAAUUUAACAUUAUUGAAACUGAUGACACGGAGUAUAUAUAUAUAUUUGUUGCAAAAUGUGAUUUUAUUUUAUGUCUAUUUAAUCUAAAACAAUUUUAGCCAAUAGGUAUUCCGAGACAGAGAGGCGUAUCCCUCCCACAUUAGAGUACGGUAAUAAAUAUGUGAAGAGGUAUUUCACUCCUGUCUUAUUAUCAUCCCGUACUUAACUCCUUCUAGCACGGAAGCUCUAUGUCACCUCUCACCCACCUUACUGAACAAAAAACCACACGUAGAAGGUGAUAUGUAGGUGCCCCCACAUAAUCGCCAACAUGGAGACCCCUUUACACAACAUACUCGCCAACAUAUAGAACAAUUACCCGACCACAACACGCAGACCUUUACCCGAAAAGAAGAUAUUCGGGUAUAUAAUACAAUAUAUAUACCCUGGAAUAUAAUAGAAUAUAUUCGCCAACAUGGAGACCCAGACUUGCACAAUGCACUUCACUAUUCUCUUGAACAACUUCGGACUUCAGUCACUUUUAUGUUAAUGAAUACUGAAAAAUAUACAUCAAAUACUAUGUGUACAAGUCUUUGUUUAUAUUCGUUGUAAUCACAACAUCUGAAAGCAAUACUUUAGAAACGUCAACAAAUUUGAUUACAAAAAUCCUCUACUUUGCUCAUCCAAUAAUUCUGAGCGUUAAUUAUAUAUAUAUAUGAUCUUUGUCAUGAAGUUAAUAUGAAAGAAAAUAAGCAUAGAGUCCCAUGCUGAAACAAUGUAAGUUGCUUGAAGUGGAACAAUGUGAUGGAACUCGUUCAGACGAGGUGUGAAGUGGAACAAUUGAGCAUCACGUCACAAGAUCCGAAAUAGAUAAUCCGAACAGAUAGAGAACAGCUCAAAUUCACACUUAAGAGGCUGGAGGAGUUAUUGACCUAUUACUGACACAGAGAUGACACAGUGCCAGGCACACAUAGUCACAGACAGUGAUUACAGACACAGAAAGCGUAAUUUUAAUUUUCUUAAUUAUAAUAAUGAGGAUAGUUAAUUGUAAGCUUUGUUCGAGGAUAAUGCUUCAGUUAGUUCGAGUAGCUUAGGCUAUUUCCAUCCUCUUCAAUUACAGGUUCCUCGGUCCCUUGAGCAUAUUAGUGGAUAGAAAUAGCCUAAGCUUUUCUAUCCUUUUUGGGACGUUAUUCCCUUCUCUCGAUAAACUUUCUUGAACUUGAAUUUAGUUCGAUAUUGUCCACACUAACGAGCACACGUAAACCCAGUAGUUCGACUCAUACAUGGAUAGCGAACAUAAUUCCAUACAAAUAUGUAUUUCGACAAGUUCAGAAAUGACGCCUGGAAACUCGCUUCAUUCCUCAUUGAAUUCAUCGGUUCUAAACCUCCUCAAACCUCUUUUAAACAGCUAACAAAAUAUAAUUAUUCGCGAGGUUGGUGACCAAUUCAUAUUCAAUUUCCUGAUAAGGUUAUAUUGAUCAGGCUCAAUAAUAGGCUUCUUCAUCGGCAGCGUUACUACUGGCUAAAUAAAUGUCUCAAACUGC